UUUGAGCAGCGCGCGCACUGCGGCCAGUGCAGCCAGGUUCUUGCGCGUGCACUACGUCUCCUCCUCCUCCUGCUGCUUUCCUCCUCCCUCUCUCCCUCUCUCCCUCUUCCAGCGUCCACCAUCUCUCCAUCACCUCUCCCCUUCGUAGCGCUCUGUCCCGGGAGAGAAAACACGCUGAGACUGAUAAAAUAGGGGAAAUGGAUUAUUAGCGUGUCAUGGCUGUAUAAGAACCGGAAUGGAUUUCCAUUGGUUGCUGUUGUGUCUCCUCGCGCUCACCGCGGCGGCGGAGCGGAGAUUCGGUUGCCUGUUUGAGGAGGAUCUGUGUGAGAGCUAUGAGAUUUGUGUCAAUGAUGGCAUGUUCGGUCGUUGCCAGGCAAUGACAGUAGCGGAUGUCUACACAUAUGACAUCACGCCAGCAACGCUGCAGAGAUUCCGUUCACUGCUCCAGAAACUCUCACUCCGAGGUCUGUCAUGGGAAGAUGACAUCACUCAGCAGGUUCUGUCUAAAGAAUUCUCUAAACUACGCAAGAUCUCUCUAACACCACCUGACUCAAGGUCCAUGGUUAAGACGGUUGCUAUGGGUGAAGGAAGACUGAAACCAUUAGAGGCAGAGCUUAGCAGGAGUCUGCAGAAGUACUUGCUGCACAUGGGUCUGCUGCCUAAAUUAGGCAGUAAGGUCAACCAGAUGAAGUCUUCUCAGCCACUUGAGUAUUAUCGUUCUGGAAAACCCCGCAAUAAAGUUGAAUCAGCCCCCCCUGAGUUCACCCCAGAGUCACCCUAUCACUCAGCUUCUUUCCCUGACCUUACCCAUUACCAGAGUGAUACUGCAUACACCUCUCCACAAAAGCAGGAUGGUUCAGACAUUCUUCUUUCUGCUCUAAAGAAGUACCUGGCUCAAAACAUGCCACAUAAACCUGAGGAGGAUGGUAGACCAAAACUUGACCCAGUCUUCGUGAAGAGUGGAUCCUCACAGAGUUCCUUUAAGGACCCCCUGACUCCUAUAGAUGAGACCUUUAUUCGUAAUGUUCUGCGGAAUGUGGGGAAGCACAAUGUAGACAUUGAGAGCCUCAGUACGUCAGAUCUGGACCAGCUGGCUGGUCUCAUUGCUGAUGCUCUGCAGAUAGUGGAGCAGCAAGCAGAGCAAGGAUAUACACCCCGAGAUCUGGAGGGAGAGGACCAGGCUGGAGACCUGCAACCUGAGGACCUGCAGACUAAGGACCUGAAACCUGGAGACCAGGACCAGCAGCCAGGAGCUGAUUCAGAGAACCAAAAUGCCUCAGAGACAUCCAGGCAGCAGAACGAAGAAACUUCACUUGUCCAAAGGUUUCAGGCCAGCCCUUCUGUUUCAGAAAAACAAACAAUGGAAGAGGAGAGAUCUGUUGCAGACCACAAGGAAAUUGGAUUGUUGGGGAAGUUGCUGGAGUAUCUGGAUGAGACCUCCCGCUCAGAGGCGGGGCCGCUUGUGAAGGGGCGGGGCAUAUCAGUGGAGACGGUGCGCAGCAAAACGACCCAGCGGGACGUGGGUGUGCAGAAGAAGGCAAUGGAGCAGGUGGAGGAGGUGGAGGGCUGGGUGCAGGCCGCCGCAAUAGCACCUUCUUCUGUCCUGCAGGAUGUCGCACCUCCCCACAAAGUCAUGAAAGUGCAAGACCUGCAGCUGGAUGUGCAGAGCAAUGCCAAAAAUGAUGUCUAUGGAUACAUUAUUACAGACACUGAUUCUCUUCCCACUGAUCAGGGUCUGCACCUCAUGGAGCUGGUGUCUCGCAAAGCAAAGAUCCAAAUGACUGAUUUCCUUGAGCUCUCUGUUGUUGGUCCAGCUGUGACAUUUCAGGUGCGCCCAAAUUCUCAAAAUGUGACCACAACUGACGUUGCCAAUGUGGCAGUUCAUCAGAAGGAUGCACUGGAGAAAGAAGCCAGACUUACCAUAGUGGAAGCAGGAGUUACUGAUAGGGCUAAACUGAGUCAGAUCCCCACUAAGUACAGCCGAUCUGAGUCUCUGAAGUUCUUGAUCCUGACAGUGAUCUCCAUCAUCUGCAUCAUCGGUGUCCUCCUGGUCUCCAGCAUCAUCUACUGCCUCCGCCAUCGCUCACAUCACAAACUCAAAGAGAAACUCACUAAUCUUGGGGCUGAUCCUGCUACUGAAGCCACAGCUACCUACCAGGAGUUGUGUAGGCAGCGAAUGGCUGUGAAGCCGCCAGUAGAGAGGCCAGAGCCUCGUCACUCAUCUCGCAUAAACAGUGUAUCAUCUCAGCUGAGUGACGGACCAAUUCCCAGCCCCUCCGGCCGCACAAGCACAUCCUCUUGGAGUGAAGAACCUGCCCACUCCAACAUGGACAUCUCAACUGGACACAUGAUACUGUCAUAUAUGGAGGAUCAUCUGAAAAAUAAGAACCGGCUGGAGAAGGAAUGGGAAGCACUGUGUGCAUAUCAGGCAGAGCCAAACACUUGCAGCAUCGGACAGAGAGACUCCAAUGCCAAGAAAAACCGAGUCAGCACUGUAAUACCAUAUGAUCAUUCUAGAAUCUGUCUGAAAGUGGAGAACAGCCAAGGCAACUCUGACUACAUCAAUGCCAGCCCUAUUAUGGAUCAUGACCCCAGGAACCCUGCAUACAUCGCCACUCAGGGUCCGCUGCCCUCCACUGUAGCUGACUUCUGGCAGAUGGUGUGGGAAAGUGGCUGUGUGGUGAUCGUCAUGCUGACCCCUCUCACAGAGAGCGGCGUUAAACAGUGUUACCACUACUGGCCAGACGAGGGCUCCAAUCUCUACCACAUAUACGAGGUAAAUCUGGUGUCGGAGCAUGUGUGGUGUGAGGAUUUCCUGGUUCGUAGCUUUUACCUGAAGAACAUGCAGACCAACGAGAGCCGCACCGUCACUCAGUUCCAUUACCACACCUGGCUCAAUCAACACACACCUGAGACCAAUCAGGCUCUACUGGACUUCCGCAGAAAAGUAAAUAAAUGUUACAGAGGAAGGUCAUGCCCCAUCAUCGUUCACUGCAGUGAUGGAGCUGGAAGGACUGGCACAUAUAUUCUGAUUGAUAUGGUUCUGAAUAAAAUGGCUAAAGGUGCUAAAGAAAUUGAUAUUGCUGCUACAUUGGAGCACCUGCGAGAUCAGAGACCUGGCAUGGUUCAAACAAAGGAGCAGUUUGAGUUUGCACUGACUGCAGUAGCAGAGGAGGUAAACGCCAUCCUCAAAGUCCUCCCUCAGUGAUAAAUGGAGGAGCAGGAUGAAAACAAAACUUUACCCAGUCUCUCUUUACUUCUUUCUCUCUGCAUCCCCUUAUCCUUACCAUAUACAACCUUCUUUCAUCCCCUGCUUUUCACCCAGCCUCAACACCUUCCUCUCUCUCUCUCUCUCCCUCUGUCUCUAGAUGUUGUAUAUAAAGUUAAAGCUCUCUCUCUAAGCUCUUUCUCUCCUCUUCGAUUUGUUCUGAGCCUGUAGUGCAGACACUGUUCUACUGCUGUAAGAAGAUUUAGAUUUCUCUCUGUUAAAUGUUUGGGCUAUAUUAAUCAUAUUGUUUUAGGUCUUUAUGCGUACAUGAAUGUGCAUUUCAUCCUUUGCCAAAUGAUUACGAAGCAUAAUCCAUUUUGCCUUUGUUUGGUCAUCAUAAUAUAUCAUUUCUUAAGAGAGGUCCUUUUAAGCGCAAGCUUGCAUUCCAUCACUGAGAAGGGAAGGUUAUACCAAAAACAACUGUGAAUAUAAUCUGAAUUUAAUCUCAUUAAAGAAUUCCCUUACCUUAUCUAUAAUACAAACAGAUAUUACUAUCAGAAGCUGCUUCUGAAUAGAGUAACUAGUUUAAGCAGCAGUAUGUAGCUGGCCUGGAAGAAAAGUAGUCAUUAGCAUAGUUAAUAUAAUUUUAAAAAGUACUGCAGUGAAUUUACUUGGUUCAAAUAGUGUACACAGUUUCCAGAAGAAUGAACUAUAUUAAAUCACCACUUCUGGUAAUAAUUGUGUUGAUGUAAUAUAUUUAUAUUUUAUUAUUAUAUUUAUUAAUGUGAAAAUGUGGAUAUUUCAAUCCUUUUGUAUCAAGUACACUCACUGCUUUACCUUUUUUGAGAUUUGCAGUCUGUCUCUCUCUUGUUGCGAUCUACCUAAGAUCUUUUUUUACAUUUGAAGAAACAAGUUAGGACACACCGACAAACAUAACCAUAACAUGACCAUUAGGCCAAGGAUAUAAUUUUCACCAAGCCAAGGAAAUGCUUUAUCAAAUCAUCAUUGCACAUCAUCAUUUUUAACGUUCAACAGUUCUCCUGAAAUUCAGCAUGUACAGAUCAAAUAGCAACAUCUAAGCCAAUAGUAGACCAUGCUUGUUAUUUAGCAUCCUAACUGGUCUUGUGAUCUGGUAACGGAGAAAUGUGUCAUGUGCUGUAUCAUGUAUCACGUGAUGAUGAAAGGGGUGCACUAUGUAUGUUUGGUUAGUUUCUUUCUCUGCUGAAAUGUUACUACACUUGUGGUCUGACAGAGUUGACUAUUACACUUCUAUUUUUCUUUGUUUCUGAUGAUUGUAAAUAGAAGCCAGAAUUCGACCAGAAGCUAUUUUUGCUCUCUCAGUAAAUGAAAUGCUGCAGUCUUGUGAAUAAAGUUUCAUUGUAUGUGCCGUACAGUAAAUACUGCAAUAGUAAAAAA